AUGGGCGUGGUGGUAGAACCCCAUUUCCGCAACCUCGAACAGAAGGUCGCACAAAGUUGUGAAUGCACAAUAGUUGAAGAUGCCCACAAGCCGACAAAUAUGUCUUACGAUGCCAGGGAAGUUCACUUAAACGUGCCUGCCAAAAGAAUGGGAUCACCUCGCAAUCUCUCCAUCCAAGUACCAUACGAGGCUGGUUUCAGGAGUGUCUUCAAGUCCUUGCACAGUUACCACAUGGCAGGCCAGUCGGUUGGUACAUUAUGCCUAAAGACUAAAAACCGCAUCUGGCCAAAUAUGUAUGCAGACAUUAAAGAUAACAUGUUAUAUGGAGACGAAUACCUGCCCAAAAGCUCAUAG